CCAGAAAGACAAAGACCACCCACUGUCUAUUAAUGAUCACAUUUAUGAUGCGAAAAUACAACAAAUCGUUCAUUUGGCAUUUGCUACGAAACUGGUCACCCGCGCCGUUUAUCCAUUCGGUUCAUUUCACCUCUUCUGCUACAUUGAAAUUGGGAUUAACGAGGUCCACGUUGACAUGGGGACAGUGAGUUAUUUAUGAGCUGGGUAAUAAACAAGCAGGGGCCAUAAACGUCUUAGUUUAGGAACUUUUUACUGCAGGACAUGGAAGUUCAGACUGACAUUUUGGAACCCUUUGUGUCCAGAUUUUUCCCUAUCGCGGCGUGAGUCUGGAGCGUAUUCCCGUUGAUAAACGGGGGUUCACUGUACCUACUUUUCCACCCCCUCGUAUAAGGAUCACAGCCUGGAAGAUGAAGACAUGGCGGUAACGCAGUCGGACCUUUAUCGCACGCUGACCGCCUGAACGGAUUCGCCUUUAUUUGAACACACCAUUUUUCCGGACUGAAGAGAGACAAUGACCACAGCGGAAACAAAGACUGCGUGCGUGUCCUGGGCGAGGGUCUGCAAGGAGUGCGGACAGCAGCACGAGGGCCAGGAAAGCCACCUGUACGAGUAUCUCGAUGAUGUGGACGACGAGCUUGUGUGCCACAUUUGCCUGCAGCCCCUCAUCAGGCCCAUGGACACCCCCUGCGGACACACCUACUGCUUUGACUGUCUGGGCAGCUUCUUGAAAGAUAAGGACUUUUGCCCCGUGGACCGCCAGAGGCUGCAGCUGCACCAAUGUCGGCCCUCCACCCUGUUGGUCAGGAACCUGCUCGACAAGCUGGCUGUGAUGUGUCCUUACUAUGCAGAGUGCCAGCAGCAGAUGCAGCGCUGUGAACUUCAGCCUCAUCUGCACAACAGAUGUUCCGCUUUCAGGAGACUCCGGGAGGAAGCGGAGAAAAGGAAGAGGCCCCCGUGGAAUGAACUGAAAGGGCGCAAAGGCGACGGCGAGCUGUCUGCUGACGCUAAACAUUUGGGAACUCCGCCGCGCAGCGCCAACAGAGACCUGCCCGAUCCCGGACUAAUUAACCCCGCCUAUGAAGAAAGCGAGGACGACAACACACCGCUGCGCUCCAGCCUGGUGUCCGAGUCCAAUGUGGUCGAGCUCUUCAGAGAGGAGGCGGAUGAAGAACUCGGCCUGCGCAUCGUCGGGGGCAAAGACACGCCGCUGGGCAACAUCGUCAUCCAGGAAAUCGUACGCGACUCGCAAGCUGCUCGUGACGGCCGACUGGCGCCCGGAGAUCACAUCUUGGAGGUGAAUGACAUCAGCCUCGCGUCCGUCCCUCACGCUCGAGCCGUCGCCGUGCUACGCCAGCCUUCCCUCGUCAGGCUCACCGUCAUGCAAGAGAAAGGUUUCAAACCCAGGGAGGCGCGCUCCGAUCAGCACCCCGUCUUGCCCGGCACCGCCCACGGCAACGCGGCCUCCCCUCAGAACCCCGGCACUGUACUGCAGGUGACGUUGACCAAGAGUCAGCGCUCGGAACCACUCGGCAUAAAGCUGAUCCGCAAAUCGGACGAGAGUGGCGUUUUCAUCCUGGAUCUACUGUCGGGAGGGUUGGCGGCCAAAGACGGCAAACUGAAGAACAGUGACAAAGUUUUGGCCAUCAACGGACAGGACCUGAGGCACGGUACACCCGAGAGUGCCGCCCAGAUCAUCCAGGCCAGUGAGGUGCGCGUCAACUUUGUCGUCUUCAGGCUGGCAGAGAUUCAGGACGAAGGCGGACCACAAGGCCGAGUGGCCAGGAGGGUGCCUGAGCCGCAGUACUUCAGGCGGCGCUCCACAUACAUGAAGGACCCCCCUGGUGGGUUUUCCAGCCAGGAGAAGACCGUGAGCCUGAAGAAGGAGCCUCGCCUUUCCCUGGGAAUCACCAUUGCUGGCGGACGAGACUGCCGCAGCCGCCUGCCGGUCUACAUUACCAGCGUGCAGCCCGUCGGAUGCCUGCAUCGAGACGGCACCAUCAAACGAGGUGACGUUCUGCUGAGCAUCAACGGUGUGGACUUGACGCAACUGACGUACAGCGAAGCCGUUUCCACGCUGAAGGCGCAGGCCGCUCAGUCCCAAGUGGCGCUGCGUGUCAUCCAGACCAUUUCGGAAGAGUCACAGGAGGACGCCGAGGCUGGUGGCGGGAACAGGUCAGAUGGCGCGGAGGACGCACGGGAAGAAGCCUUCAACUGGACGCCGCUGUGGACACGAUGGUUGGGCUUACCGAGCCACAUGCACUGGUGCCGUGACAUCGUCCUGCAGAAGAGCAACAAUGAGAGCUGGGGCUUCAGCAUUGUUGGAGGCUACGAGGAGAGUCGCGGCCAGCAGCCCUUCUUCAUCAAGACCAUCGUGCCCGGCACACCUGCUCACUUUGACGGACGCCUCAAGUGCGGCGAUGAGAUUGUGGCAGUGAACGGCGCCACAACGGUGGGCAUGAACAACUCGUCGCUCAUCCCCAUGCUCAAGCUGCAGAAAAAUAAAGUGACACUGACGGUGGUGUGCUGGCCCGGGAGUCUGGUCUAGCCAGCGGACUCAAUAUUAGGACACGUCCUGUGCACAAAGUCGCAGGUAACCCCCCC